GACUUUAUAUAAGGGCUUGGAGAUACAUCCAUAAGGACCAACCAAAAACAUAUUGAUCAACCAAAUAAAUCAGAAUGGCCAACAUGCAAAUUGUCCCAGCUUACAAGAAUAAUGUGGAGGCACAAUAUGUUGAAAUGAUGGUACCCUUGUAUUCUUAUGGCUGUGAGAAGAAAAUAAAGAAAAGCUUAUCCAGUCUUAAAGGCAUAUACUCAGUAAAUGUGGACCAUUGUCAACAAAAGGUGACGGUAUGGGGAAUUUGCAAUAAAUUUGAUGUGUUACAAACAGUAAGAAGCAAGAGAAAAGAUGCUUGUUUUUGGAACCAACAAGACAAUGUUGAAUUAGAAGAGAUUUCAAAACAACCCUCAUCUUCACCAAUUUCAUUACCAACCUUUCCGCACAAAAAUUUCAAACGUUCUUUAUCUUUAACUAAGGUUCGGUCUCUAAGUUUGAAGGCAUGGAAAAAGGUCUUCACUAGAUCAUAUUCUUUUUAAAAGAAAAUGUGAAUUUGUGUGGUAGAAAGAAAUUAGGCUCAAAUAUGAUUUUAGUCGCUAUAAAAUAUCUAUUUUAUGUUGGUUUCUAAAA